CACACUCGCCGCAACCGCAUUCGGAAAUCAAGAGUAUAAAUAAACCUAGUUGGAAAAACGUGCGCGUGUUGAUUUGAUGCGAUAACAGCGAUAAUUCCCGUGUCCCGAAAUUCCGAUCCCCAGAAGCUGCAGAACCCACUUGGCCUUCGGUGUCUCAUCGUCUCAUCGGUUACAGGACAGGAUAAAAGCCCAGAAAGAUGAGCCUGCAGUCGAUCAAAUACUCGCGGGGCAGCCUGGAGAUCCUCGACCAGCUGCUGCUGCCGGGACAAUCCAAAUACCUGGUGGUUCGCGGCGUGGAGGAUGGCUGGAAGGUCAUCAACAAAAUGCAGGUGCGAGGUGCUCCCGCCAUCGCCAUCGUGGGCUGUCUCUCCCUGGCCGUGGAAAUCAAUCCGGAGGAGUUUGGCAGCAAGAAAUCGCUGCGGCAGGAGAUCGAGGGCAAGCUCAACUACCUGGUUUCCGCUCGACCCACGGCAGUCAACAUGAAGAUUGCCGCCGACGAGCUCAUCACCCUGGCCAAUGAUCUAGACAAGGAUGAUACGGUUGACCUGGCCGAAAUGAAGCAAAGAUUCCUGAGUGCCACCGAGGCGAUGCUGAAGAAAGACAUUGCCGACAACCGCGCUAUUGGAGCACAUGGCGCCAAGGCGAUUCUGCAGGGCGUGUCGGAGUCGGGUGGAGCUCCGCCGGGAUCUUCGGGCGCCGUCCGGGUGCUGACCCACUGCAACACGGGCUCCCUGGCCACCGCCGGCUACGGAACUGCGCUGGGAGUGGUCCGUCAGCUGGGCGAGCUGGGAAAGCUGGAGCACGUUUACUGCACAGAGACCCGUCCGUAUAACCAGGGAGCCCGCCUCACAGCCUACGAACUGGUCCACGAGAAAUUCCCCGCCACUCUGGUUUUGGACAGCAUGGUGGCCGCUCUGCUGCGGGCCAAGAAUGUGGCCGCCGUGGUGGUGGGAGCAGAUCGGGUGGCUUCCAAUGGCGACACGGCGAACAAGAUUGGCACCUACCAGAUCGCCGUAGUGGCCAAGCACCACGGCGUGCCCUUCUACGUGGCCGCCCCGCUGACCUCCAUCGACCUGGAAAUCCCCAGUGGCGACCACAUCAUCAUCGAGGAGCGACCCGACCGGGAAAUGACCCACGUGGGCGAGCACCGCAUUGCUGCGCCGGGCAUCAACUGCUGGAAUCCCGCCUUUGAUGUGACCCCCGCCUCGCUGAUCACCGGGAUCAUCACAGAACGCGGCGUCUUCAAGCCGGCGGAACUGAAAGAGGCCAUCGCCAAGCUGCUCGAGUCGUAACAGGCGCGCAGGAAUAGUUGUUUACGAAUGCACUCCAUACCAAUAGCCCCAAAAAAUCGCAAAAAAACAGAAAACAAGAGCACUCACGCGCGCGCUCGGAAUAGGCAUUUUGCCAGCUGAGCUUUGUAUACAAAAAGGUGUUCCCCCGUGCCAAGCAGAUGUGGGUCGAUCCGCUGGGGAGCACACACAACGCACAAUAUACCUCCUACAUAUGUAGCCCCAUU